CCCACACAACCCACAUCGACUUGUACGCGUUCCGAGCUACUGGACACCCCCGGCCAGGCUCAGGGUCCUGUCCGAUGCCCCCUCAAUCCCGACAAGAGCAGGCCGUGCACCGGGACUUUUUGGGAACACAUCUGAGCAUACGGAAAGCUAUUGGCCUCCUCUACCACUACCACCAGCACCAUGUUUGAAGCAACAAAGCAGUUCCAUCGAGUACCCGUCGGCUUUGGUCCGGCUCCCAGCCCUCGUCAAGACCCGAAUGGCAAGAGGUUCGACUGGUCCAAGGCAGAGACGAGGACCGUAGGCAUCGUAGUGGAAUGCGACCGAGCAGCCGUGCAAGCCAUCCUUCCCGAAGGCUAUACAGUGGAGCCUCCUUCGACGACCGCGGCGGACAAGGCCAAUGUGCUCUUUGAAGUCAUGGAGCUGCGCAAGUUGCCUUGGCUCGCAGGAAGAGGCUACAAUACCUGGGGAGUCUACAUUAGCGAUGUCGUCUGCCGCAGGGCUCAGCAGAAGGACGGAUCGCCAUACAAGGCCUCGUACAUGGCUGUGCUGUUCGAGAGCUUCACAGACCCAAUCACGACGGGUCGUGAAGAGCUUGGAUUCAGCAAGCUCUGGGCAGAGCUCCCCGACGGAGCCGUGUCGGAAGACGGCAAGACUCGUGUGCAUACAGCGGGCUGGUACGGUUACGAGUUCAUGAAGAUGGAGCUCAAGGGCUUGAAGGACCACAACCCUACCACGGCCCCAGCUAUUACCCGCAAGGGUGAACUGUUCAGCCAUCCCUCGCAGCAUGGCUUCCUUCACCACCGAUACGUGCCCGCCGUGGGUGAGCCGGGCAAAGCAGAUGCCAGCUAUGCCACGUUCAAUCCGGCCCCUCCAGGUGCACCCCACAUCCUCUCCUACCAGGCUCCAUUCCCCUCGCCGGAUCCUUGCAAUCCCAAAGAAAGCACCUCUGUAGAUGGAGCAGAAGUCACGUUGACGAUUACUCCGGGCACGUUUGAGCAGCUGCCGACUUUGCACAACGUCGUCAGGGCGCUUGCAGAGCUCAAGCCAGGAAAGGUGCUCGAGGCAGCCGUGCAGCACAUCCAGGGCGCCAGUGAUCUGAGUGAGUACCAUGCGAAUGAAGGCCAACCCAAUCUCGACGUGAGGAUAAGCUGACAUGAGUACCCUGCUCCACUAUGCCAUCAGUCAACAACCAUCGCAUUGAGAAGUGAUGUCGGUCAGCGGGGUGACUAUGGAGUGGAGGUCUAGUGGCAGGAGCGCACAGCGCCUCGUAUUUGCCCUCAGUGGGCUGUCUUCGUAGAGCAUCGAUGGUCGCAAAGACCACAAAGAACGCCAUCUUGUGUCAAUCUCCAAAAUGUGAUUGCGUGAUAUAUGCUUCUCACGCAAGCUCCAAGGUCGUAUCUGUGGCUCUGAGCAUGGUGUGAAGUGGUGCAGUGGUACAGUAG